GCAAGUAUAAUGGAGAGACAGAAGCGAAAACAAGAAAUAGAGAAAGGACUUCAGUUCAUCCAGUCCACAUUACCCCUAAGCCAAGAAGAUUAUGAGGCCUUUUUGCAGAAGCUGGUGAGAAACCUGUUUGCAGAGGGCAAUGAUUUGUUUCGAGAGAAGGAUUUCAAGCUUUCACUGGUGCAGUAUGUAGAGGGGCUGAACGUGGCGGAUUACGCAGCCUCCGAUGAGGUGACCAUCCCAAAGGAACUCCUGUGCAAGCUGCAUGUCAACCGAGCUGCCUGCUACUUCACCAUGGGGUUGUAUGAGAAGGCACUGGAAGACAGUGAGAAGGCUUUGAGUCUUGACAAGGAGAACAUCCGAGCACUCUUCCGGAAAGCCCGCUCCUUAAAUGAACUUGGAAGACACAAAGAAGCAUAUGAGUGCAAUAGCCGAUGCUUGCUGUCCCUCCCACAUGAUGAAAGCGUCACGCAGCUGGGACAGGAGCUUGCCCAGAAGCUGGGACUGAGAGUUCGAAAAGCAUACAAAAGACCUCAGCAGGAAUUGGAAACAUUUUCUCUACUCAGUAAUGGCACUUCAAUCAAUUUGUCAAACCAGACCACUUCUAAUGGAUUGGGUUCGAUAGAUGACAUCGAAACAGACUGCUCUAUGGACCUGCAGUGCCUCCAAGCUCCUGUGACCACCUCCAUCCCCGUGAGCGAGGGGCUGGCCCCUUUGCCCUCUGACUCAGAUGCAAAGGGCUUGCCUACUUCGCUCCCUGCUGCCAGCUUGCUCCCAUCUCCAGACUGCGUGUCCUUGCCAGUGCCUGAGAGCGUGGAGGACUUCACAGAUGGGGACAUCAUUGGGGAAGAACUGGACUCCCUCUUGGACUCCCUUGCCGAAGGGUCACCAUACCCUCUAUCUCUGGUCCAGGGCACCAUUCCUACCAACCUGCCAACAGAGAUGCCCCAGCUGAUCCCUGUGUUUCCGGGGGGAACUCCGCUGCUGCCCCCAGUCAUGACAACCAAUAUCCCUGUCUCCACCCCACUGCCACCUGCCUCCUUCGGCCUGGUGAUGGAUCCCACCAAGCAGCUCUCCUCCUCCUCUGUCCUGGAUGCCUUCGAGGCCCCGCCAGGAGGAAGUGGCGGCUCCACUUUAGAUUCACUGGAUUCCCUGGAUCUGCUCCCCUACACAGACUCACAGCUUGAUGCCCUGGACUCCUUUGGAACAAGCAGAGGAUCAAUGGAUGCCUUGGAUUCCUUUGCCAUUGAAGAAACUAGCCCUCAGGAACUGCGACACCCACCUGGCAGCCAAAAACCAUCCCCCGUGGUGAGUGAGCCGCUUCCCCGUGCUGAUGUCCCAAGGUGCUCUGGAGCCAAGGUAGUCAGCCUUGGUGGAGUGAGUCACCCAGCUGUGCCCAAAGUCACCGAGCACCUGCUGUCCCAGCCAGAACCAGUAAUGCCGAACACAGCCCUACUGGUGAAGAACCCCCUGGCAUCUACUCAUGUCUUCAAACAAGCGUGUCAUAUCUGCUACCCCAAAACAGGGCCCAAGGCUGGUGAUUACACUUAUCGGGAAGGCUUGGAGCAUAAGUGCAAGCGGGACAUCCUGCUGGGCAGGCUGAAGAACUCAGAAGACAAGACCUGGAAGAGGAUUCGUCCUCGCCCCACGAAAACCAACUUUGUAGGAUCCUAUUACCUGUGCAAAGAUAUGCUUAACAAGCAGGACUGUAAGUACGGGGAUAACUGCACCUUCGCGUACCACCAGGAAGAGAUCGACGUGUGGACGGAGGAGAGGAAGGGGACCCUCAACCGUGACCUCCUAUUUGACCCUCUAGGUGGGAUCAAACAGAGCAGCCUCACCAUUGCCAAGCUCCUCAAGGAACAUCAGGGCAUCUUCACCUUUCUCUGUGAGAUUUGCUUUGACAGCAAACCCCGGAUUAUCAGCAAAGGGACCAAGGACACACCAUCUGUCUGCUCCAACCUUUCUGCCAAACACAGUUUCCAUGACAACAAGUGUCUGGUUCACAUCGUGCGUUCCACCUCCCUGAAAUACUCCAAGAUCCGCCAGUUCCAGGAGCACUUCCAGUUCGAUGUGUGCCGACAUGAGGUACGUUACGGUUGCCUGCGCGAGGACAGCUGCCACUUCGCUCAUAGUUUCAUCGAGCUCAAGGUCUGGCUGCUGCAGCAGUAUUCAGGAAUGACCCAUGAAGAUAUCGUGCAGGAGUCAAAGAAGUACUGGCAGCAGAUGGAGGCACAUGCCAGCAAACCAGCCAACAGCACGGCUUCUCCCCGAGCUCCCACGUCAAGCACCUUUGACCUUCAGAUGAAAUUUGUGUGUGGCCAGUGCUGGAGGAACGGGCAGCUGGUGGAGCCAGACAAAGACCUCAAGUACUGUAGUGCCAAAGCCCGCCACUGUUGGACGAAGGAACGUCGUGUCCUGUUGGUGAUGUCCAAAGCAAAGAAGAAGUGGGUGUCUGUGCGACCACUGCCUUCCAUCCGCAACUUCCCACAGCAAUAUGAUUUGUGUAUCCAUGCACAAAAUGGCAGGAAAUGCCAGUAUGUGGGCAACUGCUCCUUUGCCCACAGCCCUGAGGAGAGAGACAUGUGGACCUUCAUGAAGGAAAAUAAAAUACUAGAUAUGCAGCAGACCUAUGACAUGUGGCUAAAGAAACACAAUCCUGGGAAGCCUGGAGAGGGGACACCGCUCACCUCACGAGAAGGGGAGAAACAGAUCCAGAUGCCCACCGACUACGCUGACAUCAUGAUGGGCUACCACUGCUGGCUCUGUGGGAAGAACAGCAACAGCAAGAAGCAGUGGCAGCAGCACAUCCAGUCGGAGAAGCACAAGGAGAAGGUCUUCACCUCGGACAGUGACUCCAGCUGCUGGAGCUACCGCUUCCCCAUGGGCGAAUUCCGGCUCUGUGAAAGGUUCCAGAAGAGCAAGGCCUGCCCUGAAGGAGAGGAAUGUCGCUAUGCUCAUGGCCAGGACGAGCUGACAGAGUGGCUAGACCGGAGGGAGGUGCUGAAACAGAAACUGGCCAAAGCCCGCAAGGACAUGCUGCUCUGCCCCAGGGAUGAUGACUUCGGGAAAUACAACUUCCUAUUGCGGGAUGGCGUAUAGUAAGGGUAGGGGGGUGAGCCUGUUGGCUGGAGAAACAUGGGGUGGGUUUUCCAAGAGUGGCAGUAGCAGGGAGAGCGAGAUCUGUGUCUCGCAAAGAGAACUUUUUCUUUUCUUUUGUUUUAAGAUUAUGAGAUGAUGAUUUAUUAGUGGUGAAUGAAAUCGUGAAUUUGAUUCUCCUUGGCCAGCGAACGCCAUGCUCACUUGAGUUUGUGAUCCGUCUUCUCUCUCUUCUUUCUCCCAAAUUCUCCUUCCUCUCCAUUUUUUUGUUUUCACUGUCCAUCAGAGGAAUGAAUACAGUCUGUACUGGGCUGUGAAUCAGAGAACUUCUCCUUGUGUCAUUCUGCCCUUCAUUUCAGAGUAUGGCUGCAGAGAUCCAGAGGGCAAAGCUGAGAGAAAGGGCCAAACACCUGGUGAAAAGGUGACCAUGAAGUUCAUGUGCUCCUUUUCUCAGUGCUGCAGAGCAAGCCCCACUUAACGCUGCUGCAGCCAUUCUCUCCUGGGAAUUAAGUACCAGAAUUAGGAGUUGAAGUGCAAAAGAAGGAAAACCACUUAAGAUCCAACUUAAAACAUCUGUGCUUAAGCUUCUGCUGUCUGUAUUGCCCUGAGACAUCAACUGGUGCUGAGGGAGGGUAACAGCUGUCUACUAUAGAGUGUAGCUAAAAGCAGCAAAGUAAUAAAACUGCUUGCAGCAGCAGGAACUGGACUGUAGGUGACUUCAGACUGUUUCAGCAGAGAGCAAGUUGGUGACAGCUUAUUAGAUGUCUUUCUCAGUGCAUGACAGGUAUUCAGGGUGGGUAGUUUUAGUCUGGGUUUUUGGCUGGUGUGACUGGUGCAAGUGAGACUGAAGCCAUCUAGAAGGUGUAGUGGAGACUGUGACACACCCUGUGUCACUGUAGUCCAUGCAGCAGUAUCUGUCAGGAGAAAGGCUGUAACCAAAAGGAGCUUGUGUUUCUGUGUUGCCUUGUGUCCUGAAGAGAGGGAGAUAGGUAAUGGAGUUCCCUUCCUGCUUUCUACUUGGCAUACGGUUUUGGUUAUUUAGAGCUGCGUUUUUCCCUGCAUGGCCAGAAGAACUGGGUGGGGACCCAUUUAAAAGGACCCCAUUGAGCAGCAUGGGCGGUGCUUUGCUGACAGGAAUCCAGCUGGAAGGGCACUUACCAGCACCAGAGGUGCAGCCCCCUCCCCCUCAGCACUGGGGCAGGGAGCUUGCAGAUGUGCAGUGCAGCCAGGGCAGGGACUGCGCCAGAGGGUGAGUGGCCCAGUGGGACCCAGCCAUGCGCCUGCUCCUGUCCUGCCUGACGUGCACCACGGUGGGGGAACCAGUGAUGCUGAGCUCUGGGCCAGGACUUGGCGUCUGUAGCGGCAGUACUGAGAGGCAGUACUGGUCUGUAUGCCAGCCUUGUCCGUUCUGGUGGUCUUAUCCUGUAAGCAGCAAACGUGUGUCCUGUCCUGAGCUUCCCUCUCCUCUUCUCUUCUGCAGUCCAGCUGCCUCUGCAGUUUUGCAUGCAUGGAUGGCACCGUCCAAACACAAAUACAUCUCCCUCCCAGCCUUCGCAGGGGAUGUCUUUUUCAUCCAGAGUCUCCCGGGACAGCAAGCUCAGAGCCCUCAGUCUGGCAGUACUGUAUCUGUGGUAAAUACAACCUGGCCGUGAACUGCUUGGUGCUUUGGCAUUGCUGAGUCCCCCUUUUCUCUCUCUGCUCCCAUAUCCUUGGGGUUCCCAGCUUCCGGAGGGAUGGGAUGUGGAAAUACGCGACAUGUAUAAAUGCAGAUGCUGUGGGGGCAGCUGGCACCUUUCUAAACCUGCUUCCAUGCAGGUCCAUCAACUCCACUGAAGUGGUUAUGGGCCAGGACCAUGAUGAUAGAGAGGUGACUUACUGGAAGUGGUUGUUUCCAUCUCCACGUGUGGGGAGAAGGAUGAGAUGGAGAAGGAUCUUUAGUGCUGUGGGGAGGGAGAGUGACCAAUGCAUCACAGUUUUUGAGUGGUCAGGUGCUGUAUUUUCUCCUCUGCUCUUCACUGUAACUGUCUGGAUCUUACCUUCUCCUGCUGCUCCUUGUGCUCAACUGGUCAACUUUAUAAACAAAGAGAGAUGGGGAGGAGGCAGGCAUCAGCUCCUGGGUCAUCUUGUUCUGCUCUUGUUGGGCAGAGACACCAAGGAAGCAAAUCUAGAUCGGGGAAUGUUGGAAUGUGGUUUUAUUUUUAAAACAAAUCUGCAUCUCUAGUGUGACUCUAGCGUUCGCUGCACCUUGACUUCUCAUACAAUAACUUGUUUAGGUUACAGAGUGGGUCACCGUUCCCUCUGCCGUCUCUGCGAUGAGAGCUGAACUGCUCAGCAGGGCUGUGGGGGUUUGGGUUGGGGCCAAGGCGGGGAGAGGGCGAGCGUGUGGGAGACAAGGGAGGCCCAUGGUCACGGGGGUUGCGUCGAGUAUCAAUUUUUGUUUUCCCUGAUAUGAUAACCUGGUCUGUGGUGUUGCAGUACUUUGUCACCAGACUUGUUUUAGUGUGUAUAUAUGUGACCCCUCCCAUGAAGCAUAUAUACACAGGUAUUAAAUAUAUCACUCUAUAUAAUAUUAUAUGUGUGUGGUAUCGAAGGAAUCUUUUAAAUGAGGGUAACGGAAAAGGACUCAGGCCAGGAAACGCAGCAUCUCCAGUUUAAAUAUGAAGACUUCUAUUUGGGUUAGAGAAAAGGAAAUAACAAAGAGGGGAGGGUUUUAUAUAGAUAGGUAUAAAUUUUGAGAUGGAACAGGUUUUCCUGUUCACACUUUUGAAACCCCCUAGCAUGUCCUCACAGUCCCAUCUCAGUGAAAGAGUAUUAUACUGCUAACUAGCAAGUAAAGUUUAAAUGGUAAAGCUUUGCUUAUAUUAUUUAAAGGGACAUUGUGAAAGGCAGGAAACUUCACACUUGACUUCCCAAGCUUGCUUUAUCAAGCCAAGAGGGUUUUCUUCAGCACAUUAUGUACUCCCAGCAGAACUGCUCAGCACUCGCAGAUCUACAACAGGUAAAUGCCAAGUUGUAGGGCUGCUUUAGUGGUGUGUUCACAAGGCCCUGUGAUAACUCUCUCUUUUCUUCAUUCAUGUGAGGGGAGAAAGAAUAUUUUGUAGCACAGAACCAAAUCUAAGGGUUAUUAACAAAAGAAGUGGUGUUUUGAUUUUAUAACACUAGAAGAAAAUCUCAUAUCCUGUAAAAUCAGCAGACACACAGGCUCACACAGAAUUUGAUUUAGAUCAGCUGGUUAAAUGCUGAAGGACUUAGUGAAAAUCUUUUCCCAAAUCCUUUGGUAGGGGCAGGAAUUUAAGUGAUGCUGGUGUUGGAGUUAACCUGACCUUUACAGGGGGAAGUAAAAAAACCAAAAAAUACCCUACUUAGCUUGUAUGAAACUGUAUGUCAAAAAUGGAUGGGUUUUAGCAAGUGAAAG